AGUAAACUUCACGUGAUAAUUGCAUACUUUGCAUACUUUAUAUAUCGCUAUUUACAUCAUGAAAAAAAACAUUAAUCAUUAAUCAUGGAAGAUCCUAAAAUUCAAGAAGCUAUAGAAACUUUGGAUAUACUUCAUGAAAUGUCUACAUUACUCAAUACCGGUUUGGAUCGUGAUACACUUUCAUUAUGUUUGAAUUUAUGUGAAAACGGUGUAAAUCCCGAAGCUUUAGCUGUAAGUAUAUUUGAAUUAGUUGAAAUAUGAUGAUAACUAAUAUAUUUUUUUUUUUACGCGUCUUCAUAUUAAAUAGAAUUAUAAAAUUAUUUU